AUGCCUCGUCGUAUCACGGAUGAUGGCCCGCUGGUUGAAUUCUUCGCUCAGUAUCCUGAUUAUCACUAUGACCAUUCAAAGGGGCCUACGAAGAACUUCAGGCUGAUGUGCCGCGUCCUUGGCUUUAUCCAAGACAGUGACGAGAAAACGGAGGCGAAACAAGCGUUUGAAGAUGCUCUUACUAUGGAAUUCAAUAAAGCCUUUGGAACGGAGGAAAAUAACCUGGAGUCAUGGCAAUCUCUGUGCGAACGCAUCAAAGUUGACCCAAUCCCCGAUACCCUGGAGGAGUGUCGCAAGAUUGUGGAAGAGACCCAUGUUAACCUGGUUGAUCUGAUCGAUAAGAACGAAGAAAACCCGCGUAUAUUUGAUUCGGUCGAAGAGUUGAAGAACUAUUGUGUGCGGGAGCAUAAGUUCUUUCCCAAGGAGAAUGCGUAUGCUGGAGGGUUGCUGAGGUAUCUACUGAGGGAAUUUUUCAAUGCGCACCGCGGACGGCGGGGACAGGGCAGGCGGGGUAGGGGAGCGGGUCGUGCUCGGCGUGGACGACAGUAA